AUGUUGGACCCGGCCGACCGCGUUUCGUGGGUGUGCGCAUGGCUGGCUCUCGUCCCCCAGGCCCUGUGCGUCGUCUAUGCGACGCUGAUAUGGUCGAACCGCGAGAUUGAGAUAUUCCUUAUGUUUGCCGGCCAAAUGGCGUGCGAGGCCCUGAAUUGGGUGCUCAAGAGAUAUAUCAAGGAAGAGCGACCAAGGCAAAUGCAUAAGUAUAACAAAGGCUAUGGAAUGCCCUCGUCGCAUGCCCAGUUUGUCUCCUUCUUCUCCGUCACCCUCGCCCUCUUCCUCAUCUUCCGUCACGUCCCGCAUCCUACAGAAACCCACACUCCCUUCUCCUUGGGCGGCCGCAUCGUUCUCUCACUCCUCGCCUUGCUUGGCGCCGCUGCUGUAGCCAUCAGUCGCAUAUACUUGAGCUACCACACCCCCAAGCAGGUCAUGGUUGGCUGUGCCGCCGGCGCCAUAUUUGCUCUGGUCUGGUUCGCAUUCACGACCUACCUGCGGAGAGCAGGUUGGAUUGAGUGGGCGCUCGAUACAUGGCUUUUGAGGGUACUCCGUGUCCGAGACCUCGUCAUCCAGGAGGACUUGGUCGAUUCUGGCUGGGCGCGGUGGGAGGACAGAAGAAAGCGACAGCUGUUCCAGACUCAAGCAAAGAAGGCUAGGUGA